GCCGCCACGCCGUUUCCACAGCUACGGAGACGUCUCAGUAGCAACCGGCACGCGUCUCGGCUCCUAGCAACCGGCGAGCCGUGCGUGAAUGUCGACGAGCGAGUCGCCGCACUAGCCGAGCUAGCCGGCCUCAUACACGACAAGGUCUACAGCGGUCUGAGUCUCGGCGACUACGGGCCGCCCGUGAACACAAGAAUGAUAGGGUUAAAGAGCGCCCGAGAGAGGAACGAGCUGAAGACGGAGGGCUUCACGGUGAAGUCUACAAUGAAAAACUCCGUGGUCGUGGGCCCUCCAGUCGCCGGGGCUUUCCGUGAGCGGCCACAGAAACCCACCGCCUUCCGCAAGUUCUACGAGCGCGGGGACUUCCCUAUUGCUCUGGAGCAUGACAGCAAGGGCAACCGCAUCGCCUGGAAGGUGGAGAUCGAGAGGCUGGACUACCACCACUACCUGCCGCUGUUCUUCGACGGCCUCUGUGAGACGGGCCACCCCUACGAGUUCUUUGCCCGCCAGGGUGUCCACGACAUGCUGGAGCAUGGCGGUGCCAAGGUCCUGCCCGUCAUCCCACAGCUCAUCAUUCCCAUCAAGAAUGCCCUGAACACCCGCAACAGGCAGGUCAUCUGCACCACGCUGAAGGUCCUACAGCAUCUGGUGGUGUCUGCGGAAAUGGUGGGUGAGGCACUGGUGCCCUACUACAGGCAGAUCCUGCCCAUUCUCAACAUCUUCAAGAACAUGAACAUUAACUCCGGAGAUGGGAUUGACUACAGCCAGCAGAAGCGUGAAAACGUCGGCGAUCUGAUCCAGGAGACGCUGGAGGUGUUUGAGCGCUACGGGGGAGAGGACUCCUUCAUCAACAUCAAGUACAUGGUCCCCACGUAUGAGUCCUGUCUACUGAACUGAGGGGUGCUCCACAGAGCCGUCGGCGAGCUCCGCGCACCACACACCGCUCUCCCCAUGUCCUGGGAAGCCGUGUUAUACAUCUGCAAGCUGCACCACUCGCACAAAAAGAACCUCAUUAAAGCAGCACUGUUGUUACUCCUUA